UCGAAAUUGAGAAGCAUGGAAACAAAGAGAGAGAAAGAAAGAAAAGAAUCUAGGCCCUCAACACCCCCAGCAAGAGAUUCAUCUCCAGAUAAUUCUAAUGCUACAGGUGGUAGUGGUAGUGGAAGCAUUAGUGGUAAGGUAACUAAAUCUCAACGUAAACGUGACAAAAAGGUAACAAAAGAAAAAGAAAAGAAUGAAAAAAUUGAAGCUGAACCAAUGGAUAAGAUGGCGGAAGGUGGUGGUGGUGGUAACAAUCGGGAAGAUGAGAAUACAUGGGACUGUACCGUUUGUACUUAUAAGAAUCCUGCCGAAGCUUUUAAAUGUUUAAUGUGUGAUGUUCGAAAAGGAACCAGUACCCGUAAGCCAAGAAUUAAUCCUGAACUGGUGGCUCAGCAAGUUGCUCGACAACAGCAACACUUAUUGUUGAAAAUAUCACAUGGACGAACCAAAGAUGGCAAUGGUAGUGGAAGGGAGAGUAGAGAAGGAAGCCGAGAUGGAAGUCGAGACGGACGAGAUAAAGAUGGCGAUCAUAAUUCUAGAGAAAAGAUUAAUGAUCCAAUUAAAGAAGGAAAUGGAAAAGAGAGCAGCGGUCGAGUGGACAGCGAUUCUGGGCCUGAAACAAAGAGACACUCAUCUUCCCACAAGCAAAAUAAACACCGAAAAAAUUUAAACCAUGAUGGUAACUCACUUGGAACCAGUAAUAGUCACAUUAAAAGCAACACCAUCGUGAACAAUAACAACAACAACAACCACAACCACAACAACAACACCAACAAUAUCAAGUCUAGUUCAUCUAGCAAUAUAAGUAAUAAUUUCUCAUCUGAAGCUGUAACUGUCAACAAUGUUACUGUUAUUAUUACUGAAUUUCAAAAAGACUUGAAAGAUAGGAGUCCAUUAUCAUUGCCAUUUUCUCAACUUAAUUAGAAUUUAUCUUUUAAAUUCCUUCCACCAAUCAACUAAUCACUAUGCUCCAAUAUCUGCCCUUCUCUAGCUCUCUGUCUCUCUUAAUUGUUGCUCAAAUGGAAAAGACAACACCGACGCUUUCUCUCAACAACUUACAUUUCAUCUUUUUGAUAAAAACAAAAUUCAUUUUAUUUUAAAUUAAUCAUCAUCGUCAUGAUCAUCAUCUUAUAGGAAACUUGUCACUAAUUAUACUUUCUCUCUAAAUCCGUCGCCGUCGUCAUCUCCACCGCCGCUGCCACCUCUUUAUCUAAUCCAUUGAGACAGUUAUUGUUUUCCUCUUUUUCAUUUAUAUAAGAGAAAAUUUCUUUAUAACUACUUUAAUUUCUAUACACACAUACAACUUAAUUAUAUUUUUAUCCCGUGAAUUGUAUUUUUCUGUUUUAAUUUGUAUUUUACACAAUUGACUAAUUAACUUAUCAAAAUGUUGAUUAAAUACACUUGGCCUGUUAAAAGAUAA